GGUUAUGGCAGCUGUAUGCAGGAAGCAGAGGGCCUUGAUUUGGGGUGAAUGAGCGGUAGCUAUAUGGUCCGCUGUAUGAUUUAGACAGGGUUCUUGCUGUUUCUGUCAGAUUUUCUUUGCCUCGAGCAACAUCUCUCUGUUCAGGAAAGAUGGCUACGACGGCGCAGUUAUUUGAGGAGCCAUUUGAUGCAGAUGAGUACAUUGAGCGACUGGCUUGGAGAACUCCAGGGGGUGGAUCUAAAGGAGGAGCAGAAGCAUUUGACCCUAAAAAGCUGCUAGAAGAAUUUGUUAACCACAUAGAGGAACUGAAACAGCUGGAUGAACGGAUCCAGAGGAAAGUUGAGAAGCUUGAACAGCAGUGCCAUCGGGAAGCCAAAGAGUUUGCACACAAAGUCCAGGAGCUACAGAGGAGCAACCAGGUUGCCUUUCAGCACUUCCAAGAGCUGGAUGAUCACAUCAGCUACGUGGCCACUAAGGUGUGUCAUCUGGGAGACCAGCUGGAGGGAGUGAACACUCCGAGGCAGAGGGCUGUGGAGGCCCAGAGGCUUAUGACCUACUUCAAUGAAUUCCUGGAUGGAGAUUUGCGUAGUGAUGUUUUUACCAACCCUGAGAAGAUUAAGGAAGCAGCUGACAUCAUUCAGAAGUUGCACCUGAUUGCUCAGGAGUUGCCGUUUGACCGAUUUGCUGAUGUGAAGGCCAAGAUAGCAAGUAAAUACCAUGACUUGGAGCGGCAGCUGAUUCAGGAGUUCACAGCAGCUCAGCGCAGAGGGGAAAUCGGCCGCAUGAGAGAAGUGGCUGCAGUCCUGCUACAUUUCAAGGGCUAUGCCCAUUGUAUAGAUGUCUACAUCAAGCAGUGCCAAGAGGGUGCAUACAUGCAGAGCGAUGUGUUUGAGGACACUGCUGUUCUCUGUCAGAAGGUCAAUAAACAGGUGGGCGAGGUCUUCUGUAGCCCAGAAAUGGUCAUGGCCAAACUUGUCCAAAACAUCUUUGAAAACAAGUUACAGACCUAUGUAAAAGAAAGGCUUGAUCCUCGUUCCACUGAAUUGGAGCAAUACCUCAAAAACCUCUAUGACCUCUACACCAGGACCACAGCUUUGGCUGCUAAACUAACAGAGUUUAACUUGGGUUCAGACAAACACACCUUUCUGUCCAAACUGAUUAAGAGCAUCUUCUCCUCCAACCUGGAUAGUUACAUAGACAGGGAGCGGCAGUAUCUGCAGUCUCGUAGUGCUUCAAUUCUGCAGCGAUACUACGACUCGAAGAACCACCAAAAACGUCCAGUAGGAACGGGAAGUAUCCAGGAGCUGAAAGAGAGGAUCAGGCAGCGGACUAACCUGCCUUUGGGUCCCAGUAUUGACACACAUGGAGAAACCUUUCUCUCACAGGAGGUCGUGGUCAAUCUGCUGCAGGAGACACGUCACGCCUUCCAGAGAUGCAACAAGCUGUCUGACCCAGCUGAUCUCCCUAAAAAUGCCUACUCUAUCUUCCUGCUGCUUGUAGAGCACCUUUGUGUGGAUCACAUUGACUAUGCCUUGGAAAUUGGCCUUUCAGCUAUUCCGUCAGCAGAUGCCAAAAAUGCAAACCUUUACUUCUUGGAUGUGGUGCAGCAGGCUAACACUAUUUUUCACCUCUUUGAUAAGCAGUUUAAUGAUCAUCUCAUGCCACUUAUUAGCUCCUCUCCUAAGCUAACAGAAUGUUUGCAAAAGAAAAAGGAGGUGAUUGAUCAGAUGGAAGUGAAACUAGACACAGGCAUUGACCGAACACUGAAUUGCAUGAUCGGCCAGAUGAAACAUAUUCUGGCCACAGAGCAAAAGAAAACCGACUUCAGGCCGGAAGAUGAGAACAAUGCAAUAAGUACACUACAAUACACUACAGCAUGCUCUAAGGUAUGUGUCUACGUGAGGAAGCAUGUAGAACGUGUACGGCGGUCUAUGGAUGGGAAAAAUGUGGAUACGGUGCUGGCUGAGCUGGGCGUGCGCUUUCACAGGCUCAUCCACGAGCACCUGCAGCAGUUCACCUACACGUCCAUGGGAGGCAUGCUGGCCAUCUGUGACGUGGCAGAAUACCGCCGCUGUGCCAAAGACUUCCAGGUUCCUCUGGUCCUGCAGCUCUUUGACACAUUACACGCUCUCUGUAACCUUCUGGUUGUUGUUCCUGACAAUCUGAAGCAGGUUUGCUCAGGAGAGCAGCUCACAAACCUGGACAGGAACCUCCUGCAUGCCUUCGUGCAGCUCAGGGCGGACUAUCGCUCAGCUAGACUGGGCCGCCAUUUUAGCUAAUGAUUGGGUAAGACUGCACACCCUGUACACAGCUGUCCAAUCAGAAAAAGCACUCUUGGUUCAGUCUGAGUGGCUUUCGGACUUUCUUUUUAACAUUUAAUUAUAAUUUCUCAACAACUCGCGGAUAUGAGAAUGUGUGUCCCGGUGCAUACUGAGAAAAGAAUAUUUAUGCAUCUGCCCAUUUGUAAUUUUUAAGUUUUAUUUGCGUCGUUCCUUUUCUGUGCUUUCCUUUUUAACCAGUCAACUACAUGUAUGAAUGUAUGGCAUUUCACUGAUAUGAAAUGUAUUCUACUUUUUUGCUUUUGCAUCACUGUUUUUGUUAGCUUUUUUUCUUUGAAGCUGAGGGUUUAGUUUUAAUUUGGUUCACAUCUGGAAACAACGUAUUAAAUAGUUUAUUGUACCAAAUAUAUGUGGCUCUGCUGGCACUGGAAGCACUUCAGCAGGUUGCAUCAUGCGCUUGCUAAUGAACAACAGCUAAUCAGUCCCCGCCUCCCCCAACAUAAGAGUGCAUAUUUGUCUGAUGUAAAUUCUGUACAAGGUUACAGAAUUUAUACGAAUCAGGUCAAUUCAUGUAAUGAGGACUAAGAAACAAAACAUUGCCCAGGUCGCUGCUUAUAACAAAGGAUUUGAAUAAGUAAUACAAACUGAUAAAUGACUAGUAAUCAUUCUGGUAACUAAAAUGAGCAUAGCUCAUUGUUCAGAUUAAGCUUAAACAGAAAAUACACAGCAUAUUAGUUAAAGACACAUUCCCGUCUUACUAAAAAAUUUUAUUGUAAUGGUAUGCACUCGGUCAACUAACUUUUUUCUUCUUAGGGUCCUGGUAGUGGAGGUUAAUGGGGUUGAACUGUAAGAUUUUAAAAAUGCCAAAUAUCUCCAUUUCUGAGAAAACAACAUGGAAGUUUAGCAAACAAGUCGUCUUUGUGUGCUAAAGUAUUCCUGACAUACAACUAGUGGCAUAUAUCAUUGUAAUCUUCCACAUUGUAUAUUCCUUCCACUCUUAAAUCAGUCAAUUUUCCAAAUCUGAUGCUUUUAUGACAUUGUAUGGAUGGCAUGUCAACGCAGAAAUAUCUAAAUAACUAGAUGUUAACCACCAGCUUGCUCAGAACUGUAACAACACAACAUUUUUGAUCCAAAACACUAAUGGCAAUGCGAAUUACUGUACUAACAUACAAUCUUUAAUAUCCCUAUUAAAUAUAACUGUAUAUAAGUAUAACUCGCAGAAGUUAUACUUAUUGGUUAAUUUGUUAAAAUUGGGACUUGAGGGCACUGAAUGUGCAAGUUUCUCUCUAAUACUGUUGGCUGAAUCUGAUUAAAGAAGUCAAGUGUCUGCCCUCUGCAGGGUUGGUAAUAAGGUCCAGUCAACUCCACUGCUCCGCAAACUGAAACCAAACCAGAGUGUGAUCAUUCUGACCCAGUGUCACAUGACCCUACCUGAACAUAAUUCUAAGGAUCUGUGGGGGGGAAAAAAGGGGAUGUCUGAUCCCAGUGUCUGUCUUUUGAUGUUACUUAUUUUAUUUUUUUUUUCUUUCUUCUUACUGUUGAUCUCCUACAUAUACACAGGCACUCAUACUGAUAUUGAACCUGCUUGAUAUGAUUUAAUGAAUCUACAAAAUAAUAAAACAAGUCACAAUGGCACUCAUUUUGUUUCUCACUAAUAACAACAUGCAAACCUAAUUCAAUAAAAUUUGAAGUUAAGUGAAA